AUUCGAGCAAUGGUACUAUUGAAGACCGGCAGGCCUGGUAAUGUGAUUAUUUCAGUUCUCUUGAUCAAUUCCACCUUCUUGCUGCUCAAUAACCAGCUUGGAUAUGGAAUUCAGAGUGAUAUAGAUUGUUUGAGAAAUCUGAAAGAUUCAUUGAAAGAUCCCUUAAAAAUCUUAGCCACGUGGAAUUUCCAAAACAAAACUGAAGGAUUCAUAUGCAAGUUUACUGGGAUCGAAUGUUGGCAUGAAAACGAGAACAAGGUCUUAAACAUCCGCCUUUCUGAUAUGGAACUUCAGGGCGAGUUUCCUCGUGCUCUUGCAAAUUGCUCAGCAUUAACCGGCCUAGAUCUCUCCAGCAAUAAUCUUUACGGUCAUAUCCCUUCUGAUAUUUCGACGAUACUUCAGUCUGUCACUAGCCUGGACCUCUCCUACAACAAAUUCAACGGUUCUAUUCCAGUGAAUCUUUCGAAUUGUACCUACCUCAACAAUCUAAACCUCGCUAACAACAGAUUCUCUGGACAGAUUCCUCUACAACUUGGCUCUUUGGGUCGAAUCAAGAGAUUUAGCGUAGCUAAUAAUUUAUUGACCGGUCGGGUCCCAAAUAUGAGCUACGCAACCUCAGAGAGUUACAAGAAUAAUCCAGGGCUUUGUGGUGAUUCUUUACCACGCUGUCGGGCUCCUUCAAAGAAGUUGAAGAUUUUAGAUGAUGAUCACUUCAUUAAUGGAUUUGUUGUUGGAAUUAUUAGUUCAGGAAUAAGCGUGACUGUUGGCAUGUUCUUCUUUAUGAGUAGUAGAAUGGAAAAGAACAAGAAAAAGUAUAGAGACGUCACAUUUUUAUUUCAUUGGUAAUGUAUAACAUUUAUCUAAUAUUCACAA